AUGAAGCUUCAAGCCUUCAUUUCAGUGCAAUUUUGCUUCACCAAACACAAACCCUCCGAAGCAGCUUCGUCAUCGAAAGAAGUCUCUUCCAAAGGAACUAAACGAAAGGCACAAAUAAUGAGGGAGAUCCAAGAAAUUAUGGACGGUAACGGAGAAGUCCUUGGAGAAAGGGAUGCACCCUCUGUCUCUUUAUUUAUAAAGAAACCUUUGACCCUUUCAAUGGCAACUAUGGAAAACCAAGCAACAAUAGUAGGAAACCUUGGGUUACACGUUUCCUCCAUGAAAGAGAUAACCCUUCUUGCCCAUACCAAAUCCUAG